AGAAAUGGAGACUGUGAACAGAGGCAAAAUCAUUCUCGGUCUGGAACUCAAUCUGAUUCUAUUUCAUGUCGGUGCCGCAAGCAACUGUACCGUCUCGGUGGUUCAACCACCUUCCCUUGAAGUGGAUUACACUCAAAAGGCUGUGACCAUGCAGUGCUCUUUCUCCACCGCGGGGUGCCCUGCAGAGCGACCAACAAGCCUGUGGUUUCGCUAUGGCGCUCUCCAGCCCGAGAACCUGUGCUUGGAUGGAUGCAGAGAUGAGACAGACAAAUUCACCCUUGUGAAUCUGGCACAAAACCAAGUUGCCCUCACUGUAAACAGGCUGGCUUUCAAUGACAGCGCAAUCUACAUCUGUGGAAUAGCCUUUCCCAGUUCAAAGGAACCGAGAGCUAAGCAGACGGGAGGAGGGACUGUGCUGGUGGUAAGAGACAGGAAGGCUCUCAGCAAGGAAUUGCAGAGUCUCCUGACGGCCCUCUUAUCACUGCUGUCUAUCUACGUCACUGGUGUAUUCGUGUACUUCAUCGUCCUCACCAAAGAAAUACCACCUGCAGAAGAGUCAAAAUCUAACACUCUAAGAAAGAAAGAAACAGAAGAUUCACAAAAGAAAAAGAGUGCUCGGCGUAUUUUUCAGGAAAUUGCUCAAGAACUAUAUACGAAGAGACACAUGGAAACAAACCAACAACCUCAGGAGAAAGACAACACUUAUGAAAAUGGAAGAGCACCUUCUAACUAUGAAAGACCAUAGAAAUCUUCUGAUUUUCAAUUAAGUCACUGAAAAUCCAACUCCAGAAGUUAUGCAAGUGUCAAUGGACAUACACUGAUCAGGGUUUUUUUUAAAAACAAUUUAAAGUAAACGGAAAAGUCAACUGGCUACAAGAAGAAUGUCAGAAUAUAAGGAAACUAUUACUAAGAGUAAUUAUCCCAAUACUAAAGCCCAACAAAAUGCAACUGAAAAAUACUUUCCUAAUUUGCUAGGAGAAUUCUAAGCAGUCAAACAUCUUCAAAAACUUUCAAUUACAGCAUAUAUCCUUUAUUUGUUUCAUUCAACAUAUGAGGUGGACCACAUGAUGACUGUUGCCCUGAAGAAGAUUUGAAGCCACACCACGUGCCUCAGUCUUGCACGGAAGAACUGUCUUUACGGUGUGUAGAAGUGAUGGGCCAAUUAGACUAAGUUGGCAGGGAAGGAGGAUGGAGGGAGGAAGGAGAGUGGCAAAACUUGAGUUAGAAAAAAUCACCUUGAAAAGUAUUUUGUAGCAAAAAUUAUUUCCUCUGGUACUGCAAUGGGGCAAUGGUAUAGUGCACAUUUUCCUACCAGGGUAUGCAAAAUAACUUACAUCAUGCUACCAACAAAAAGUGAGACCAGAAUAGAAUAUAGAGUAAGAAUACAAUAAUUUAUAUACAGAAAAUCCAAAGCAGAAAGUUCAACCAGAAAAAACCUCAGAACAAAUAAGCCACAUCCGACUCUAGAUGUCAGUCUCGUGCCAAACAGCAGCACCAGGGAAGGAUUCGGCAAUGCACUGUUCCUGACAAUGCCCUUGCAAUACUGAUUUUUUUUUCUCUUUUAAUUAGUCAUUGUAUUACACGCACACACACACAAAUAUACAUAUGUGCACAUACAUACACACUUAUACAAACCUACACUUUAUACAUAGCUGGGAUCAUACUAAGUAUAUAGUAUAUUGUCCAUUGCAAUGUUGAUUUUUAACCAACUUAGGAGGGAAAUGUUAGGUAAGGGACUGGGUAUACAGCAAGGAUGUUUAUGGCACUCAUUACCAUCUCACUAAGAAAACAUGUUAUGAAUUGUUCCCUGAAAGUUACUUCUGUGUAAAAAAAAAUCUAUUUAAAGUACCUACAAGUAUAUGUUCAUUACUAAACAUGAAUUACAACCUAUUAUGUUUAUUUCAUUAAAGUGCUUCUCUUAAGCUGGUAUAAAAUGAGAUGUAUUCUUAUUUUUAAAACCCAGAUCAAAGUUUAGAAUAUUUUAAGAUCCCUUGAAAGCGUUUUGUACUAAUGGUUUAAAUCAGUAAUCUCUAACCUUUCUAAUCACAUGUGCCAGGAAAAAUGGAAAGGGGAGGGAGGGGAGCACAUAACCUCAUUUUAUUUGUGUGUAGGAUGUAUAUACGUGUGAGUGCAUGUGUGUGAUUUAUAUAGUGUGUGCAUAUACACUUAUGUGUGUAUAUGUGUAUACACAAAAAUAGAAAUUAAACAAUGGGCAUUAAAAGUAAUAUAAAUAAAAAUGUUAAUAUUUUCUUCCUA